AUGGCCGAUGUGCGUGGAGUCUCGGCGUUGCAAGACGAGUUGGAGAAAGCGAAAGAGAGCUUGAAAGAUGUAGACGAUAAUAUUAAGAAACUAACAGGAAGGGACCCAACAGAACCAAGGCCCUCAACAAGGCGUGUAACAGCUGUUCCUGAUGGCAGGGGUAGGGAGCGCUUGCUUCUACAGGCCAGGUGGGGCCCAGAUGAGGAUGUCCAAGCCAAGAGAAGAGUCACUGGAGGCGCUUUCUCUAGGCUUGGUCCCAUGCAUCGGAUGAUGGGCAGAGGCCGUCCACCAAGAGGACAGGAUAAUGGGGACGAUGAUGAUCUACCCAACAAGCCCACUAUCCAGUCCUCCGUUGUAGCUACCCCUAAAGAGUCCAGGACACGUCAGUCCAGCAUAGAGGAACAGAAUUCAGACAGAAAGGGCACUGCCAGAAAUAGAAGAAUGUUUGGCUUACUUUUGGGAACACUGAGAAAGUUCAAAGAUGAAGCUAAGGAAACGGAGGAUAAGGAAGUUCAGAGAAAACAGAUUGAGCAGAAAUUAGAAGAAAAAGCCAUUUCAGAGAAAGAGGAUCUUCUUAGAGAACGCCAUCAGCUUUUCCUAGAGCGAAAACAACAACAGGCCAAAAUUCGUCGUCUUGAAUACAAAAUGGAACUUAUUGAAAUACAUGAUGCCUGGGAAAAGGAGACACGCAAAUUAGAAAAUUUUAUUUACACCAGAGCCAAACCACACAUAUUUUACUUUCCAAAAACCAUGGAUGCUGUAUUAGAGGGAAAAAGGAAGGAGACUGCUAAAUACGUGGAUGACAUGAUUGAAGAUCGAAGAAGGAAACUGCAGAUUGAGAUCGAAGACCUGAUGGCCAAGGACCAGCCGGGAGGAAAGGUUGAUGUGGAGGGAGACGAGGAGGAGGAGGAUGAAGGGGUCAUGGAGGGGGACAGAAACACAGAUAAGGAAAACAGACGUAGGAAAUCUAGUGGGGAGAGGGUAGACUUACGUAGGCAGUUAGAGCAGAGGGGCCCACAUAGAGGGGGUAGGGAUGGGGAGACACCUAGAAAACGCAGAAAGUCUGAUAGUGUAGCAGAGGAAGACAGACACAGUAGGGCAGGUAAGCACAGGAGGAGAAGUAAGGAGGAGGGGGAUAGGUUGGGGGGCAGGAGGGACAAGGCAGGGGCACCAAGGAGGGAUGACAAGGCAAAGGAUCGCACAGAACCCAGGGUGGAAAUAAGUUACAAUGAUGAGGAGGAAGAGGAGGAGGAAGGUGAACUCCGAACCGACUCUACCAAUAAUAACAGUAAUAAUAAUGAGGAUGUUAAGGAUACGCGGACAGUAGAGCAGACAGACGCGAAAUCUGAAAGGAUGGACACAGACGAAACGCAGGUUCAAUUGACCAAGAGUGCAAAACAAACACAAGCUAUGAUGGCUGAAGAUGAGGAGGAGGGAGAGGAAGGGGAGGUACAUGAUGCUGUAGAUGAAUGAAAUCUCUGUUGGUGAAGGGAAGGCUUAUAUAUAUAGUCUGAUAUAUGGCACUGUAAACUAAUUUAAAGAUGGGGUAGUGUCUUUGUUGUGACAAAAAUUGAGGGGGAGGGAGACGUGUAACUGCCAAAAUUAUUCCUCAAAAACAGGGGCAGAGGGAGGUUAUUACGCAAUGAUGUACCAUGUAGGUCUCAUCUGUGCGGAUGUACAUGUAUUUGAAGGAUGUUGUUCACAUGGAGAAGUGAUUGGGAUGAAGAUAGGAGGGGAGUAGGUCUACCUGGUUUCAUAAUAGUAGACAAUACACAUUAUCGAUAUCUUUAUCAUGUAUAUAGAAAAAGUCAUUAAUAGAAGAAUUCAAUUGACUUGCGUAUGAUAAUCCACGGUAUUGUCCACGUUAGAUGUCACAUAUUAUCUCUUUCAAAAGUGAUGACUGAUUGAUUUUAAGUUUCAGUUUUGAAUGGGGAUAAUCCUGGAUUUCAUUUUUAUAAAUUGAGUAGUAGUUUAAAUUAAAAAAUAAUUUUAUUUUGAUCAUGAUUUCAUUGGAUUUAGAUAAGAUUUUAUUUUGUCAGAAUGCUAUAUUUUAUAAAGAUGUACUGAAAGUUAGAAAUAUUUUUUGUUAGAGACAACU